GUCUGGACUUAACAGGAGCGAGGGGCGCGUCGAUAUAYACACACAGCGAGCCGAGCGGCGCUUUGGGUGUAGCAGGAAGGUGCUGAGCGGGGAGAGAAAUCCAGUCAGACGCACUCAGCUGAGGGGGUUUGCGGCGCGGUAAUUUUUUUUAUUUUUAUUUUUAUUUUUUCUCCUGCGUGGCGGCCGGGGACCCGAUUUAAAAAAAAUAAAUAAACAUGCUGGAUUGAACCGCGAAGAAGCAACUCCACAAUCAAUGGCUUGGCUUUGAAAUCGUUAAGAAUUUAUUGGAAAGGACCGCGAGACAGAGCGACAGUGGGGAGAGGGAGAGAAGCGAGAGUGAGAGAGAGAGAGAGUGAAAGAGAGAGAGAGAGAGCGGCGAGAGUGGUGGAAAUAAAGAUCCUUUUUUUCCCCACCAGCGAUGGAGCUUACAAUGGAAAACAUCGGAAAUCUGCACGGCGUGUCUCACUCCCAUCAAACGAGUGACUUAAUGAACUCCCCGCACGCGCGCCAGUCCUCGGCGUCGCAUCGGAACUUGGUGUCGCACGGACGCUCGGCUAUGGUGUCCAGCAUGGCCUCCAUACUGGAGGGAGCCGGGGACUACCGCACGGACCACGCGCUCUCGGGGCCCUUGCACCCGGCCAUGACCAUGUCGUGCGACUCCGGGAUGAGCCUGAGCAGCACCUACACCACGCUGACGCCGCUGCAGCACCUGCCUCCCAUUUCCACCGUGUCGGAGAAAUUUCACCACCCGCACCCACACGCUCACCAUCAUCCGGCGCACCAGAGACUCGCGGCGGGGAACGUCAGCGGCAGCUUCACCCUGAUGAGGGAUGACCGGAGCCUCGCCUCCAUGAGUAACCUCUAUGGCCACUACCCCAAAGACAUGUCCGGCAUGGGGCAGCCCCUGUCCCCCCUCUCCAACGGCCUGGGGUCUCUGCACAGCUCCCAGCAGACUCUGAGCGCCUACGGACCCGGAGCGCACCUCUCCAAUGACAAAAUGCUCUCCUCGGGUGGGUUCGAGUCCCACGCAGCCAUGCUGUCAAGGGGUGAGGAGCACCUGGCCCGAGGUCUCGGGGGCCACGGGGCUGGGCUCAUGACAUCCUUGAACGGCAUCCACCAUCACAGCCAUCCGCAUUCUCAGGCAAACGGGUCCAUGCUGUCAGAGCGGGACAGACAGACGGUGGUGGGAGGCGGGCAGGGAGCCGGCUCGGGCCAGGUGGAGGAGAUAAACACCAAGGAGGUGGCGCAGCGGAUAACGGCGGAGCUCAAGCGCUACAGCAUCCCGCAGGCCAUCUUUGCUCAGAGGAUCUUGUGCCGGUCCCAGGGAACGCUGUCCGACCUGCUGCGGAACCCUAAACCGUGGAGUAAGCUCAAGUCCGGCCGGGAGACGUUCAGGAGGAUGUGGAAGUGGCUCCAGGAGCCCGAGUUCCAGCGGAUGUCAGCGCUCAGGCUUGCAGCCUGCAAGCGCAAAGAGCAGGAGCAACACAAGGACCGCAACACGGCGCCCAAGAAACAGCGACUGGUCUUCACCGACCUGCAGCGGCGCACGCUCAUCGCCAUCUUCAAGGAGAACAAGCGUCCCUCCAAGGAAAUGCAGAUCACCAUCUCCCAGCAGYUGGGCUUGGAGCUCAGCACCGUCAGCAACUUCUUCAUGAACGCGCGGCGCCGCUGCGUGGACCGCUGGCACGACGACCACGGCACCAGCCCGGGGCAGCCGGGCACAUCCACUACCACAUUCUCUAAGGCCUGAAGAGGAGGAGGAGGAGGAGGAAGCCUUCAGAGAGCUGGGGAACCAGGUCAGAGCAGCAGGGGUCACAAGAGGUUGACAGUGAUACCUGUCUCGACCUGGCCUGGACAGUUCUGAAUGUGCCCUCUCCCUGAAAAAAAAAAAAAAAAAAAAAAAAAAAAGAAAUCUUCUGUGCCAUGCAAUCAUCUGUUUUUGUCAGCCAAAACGUCAAACCCUCACCUGAAGAAGCAUAAUCCAAGAGGUGAGGCGUGAAGUCAGGUCCAAUCUGCAUUUCUCACAGAUGGACAAUCAUAGAUUUAUGUCUUAAUUUUUGAGAAAAGAAUAAUUUUUAAGACAUCUUACAAAGCAAAGAGACACCAAAGAUUUGAUCUUUUCGUUUUUACUUCUACUUCUUCUUCUUCUUCUUCUUUUUCGGGAUGGUACUUGCAUUUUGCCAGCCUCCUUCUUCUUCACCCAAAAGUAGCCACUGACUCUGCUUUUCCCSCCUCUCAACCUCACCUCCUUUGUGUCUGCCUCCUUCACUCACAUCCUCUCCACGCCGGCACAUGGAAGCAACAAGGGUAAAAGAACGGCAAUAAAUCUGACGAGACAACUACA